AUGUCGCUUGCUCGUGCCAUGACGAAACGCAUCAAGCGGACAGAGGCUCAGCCGUCGACCCCGACCAGAAGCCAGAGCAUGAGGAAUAUGUCGCAGCACUUUGACCGUAACAAGAUCUCCUUGCCCGUCGCUCUCGUUUCAACCACCAACAUGCUCAGCUACAACGCCCCGGAUAUCAUUGGCACCAGACAUGUUUCCUCGUCCACUUCGUUGAGCCAGUCGUCGGCCGAGGACUCAGACCACAGCGUAUCAACACGCUCCCGUGCUUCUUCACAUGCUUCGAGAGAUACCGCCCUCACCGAUGCUUCGUCCGUGGAAUCUUCUUCGCCUACUUCGCCAAAAACGAACCACCUUUCAGGCUACUUUGCGCCUGCUGGCAAGCCACUCAAGAAGUCUGCGUCGACCACGAGCCUUCAGCAGGUCAAGGAAGAGAUUGUAGAGCCAGUGCCCGCCAUUCCGUCAAGAGCAAUUUCCCACAGCAAGCGUGCCCACGAGCGACUGGCACACAAGCGCUCGCUUCAGCAUGUUCCUGGCCGCAACAGCUUCAACUCAGUCCGCAGUUCCAAGGAGCAGCGAGCAUCACUUGACAUGUUCAAAGCCACGAUCGAGGAGGAAUCCCACCCUUUUGGCAAGGAGCUUGAGCAACUUAACGAGGUUGUCGAAGAGUUCAGCGGCGUAGCACGAGACGUCGAGUCAGAGGCCGAUCACAGCGUGAUGCGCUCCAGGAACCUCGCAGCGUUUUGUGCGGCAGACUAUCUCUCCGAGAUCCAACCUCUAUUCAGCAGCCGAUUUGGCACUGCUCACCAGGCAGCACCCAUGGCCUGGAUCUGA